AUGAGGAUAUUCCGAUUAUUGAAUUUUAACACCAAACGUUGUCUAUUCUGUGCAGUUUUUGCUUUGCUUUUAAUUUUCACAGCGCUGGCUGUAUGUCCCGUUUCCGAGAAUAUUCCACCACCGAUAUGUGCCUUUCUGUUCGUAGACAACAAUUGCUCGGACACAUUUUACGCGGUGAAAGAGGAUUCAGAAGAAAUGGCAAUGAAUGAUCUGUGGAACGAUCGUAUAACGCUGGCAAUCAUUCGACCAGACUGCUAUCUGGAUUUGUACGACGGAGCAAACGUAACUGACGCUCAUCGAUUCCUGGGUGGCGAAAUAAGCGACGGUAACGUGUAUGACCUCAGCUGGUACGCAUUUGCCAACCGGACAUCUUCAUAUAUCUGUCGGUGCGCCGGAUUCAUGCGCAUUUAA